AUGGAAGCGUCCCCCGAGUACAUGGAGCAGGGCGGGCGGCUGUUGCUGGUCCGACGGCGCCCCCCGCCGUCCCCGGGCCUGGGCGAGGCCCUGAAGGCUGGGCUGCGGCGGAGCUGUGCCUGCAGCGUGCAGGGCGCCUGGGCGCAGCUGCAGGCCCUGUUCCCCGCCAUCUGCUGGCUCCGCCAGUACCGGCCCGGGGAAGCACUGGCGGGCGACGUCAUGUCCGGGCUGGUCAUCGGCAUCAUCCUGGUGCCGCAGGCCAUUGCCUACUCGCUGCUGGCCGGGCUGCAGCCCAUCUACAGCCUCUACACGUCCUUCUUCGCGAACCUCAUCUACUUCCUCAUGGGCACCUCACGCCACGUCUCCGUGGGCAUCUUCAGCCUGCUCUCCCUCAUGGUGGGCCAGGUGGUGGACCGCGAACUCCUGCUGGCUGGCUUCGACCCCGCCCAGGAUGGCCCAGGGCCCGGGGCCAACCACAGCAGCCUCAACAGCUCGGCAGCCGCGCUGGCACUCGGGCUGCAGGACUGCGCGCGGGACUGCUACGCCAUCCGCGUGGCCACUGCCCUCACGCUGGUGGCCGGGGUUUACCAGGUUCUCAUGGGCAUCCUCGGGCUGGGCUUCGUCUCCGCCUACCUCUCGCAGCCGCUGCUGGACGGCUUUGCCAUGGGGGCCUCGGUGACCAUCCUGACCUCCCAGCUCCGGCACCUGCUGGGCGUGCGGGUCCCGCGGCACCAGGGGCCGGGCCUGGUGGUCAGCACGUGGCUGAGCCUGCUGCGCAGUGCCGAGCAGGCCAACCUGUGCGAUGUGCUGACCAGCGCUGUGUGCCUGGCCGUGCUGCUGGCCGCCAAGGAGCUCUCGGACCGUUUCCGGCACCGCCUGAGGGUGCCGCUGCCCGCCGAGCUGCUGGUGAUCGUGGUGGCCACGCUCGUGUCCCACUUCGGGCAGUUUCACGGGCGCUUCGGCUCUAGCGUGGCGGGUGACAUCCCCACCGGCUUCGUGGCCCCACGGGUGCCAGACGCAGGGCUGAUGUGGCGGGUGGCACUGGACGCCGCCUCCCUGGCCCUCGUGGGCUCCGCUUUCUCCAUCUCGCUGGCGGAGAUGUUCGCCCGCAGCCAUGGCUACACCGUGCGCGCCAACCAGGAGCUCCUGGCCGUGGGCUGCUGCAACGUGCUGCCCGCCUUCUUCCACUGCUUUGCCACGAGCGCUGCGCUGGCCAAGAGCCUGGUGAAGACGGCGACAGGCUGCCGCACGCAGCUGUCCAGCGUGGUCAGCGCUGCCGUGGUGCUGCUGGUGCUCCUGGUUCUGGCACCGCUGUUCCGGGACCUGCAGCGGAGCGUGCUGGCCUGCGUCAUCGUGGUCAGCCUGCGUGGGGCCCUGCGCAAGGUGCGGGACGUCCCCCGCCUGUGGCGGCUCAGCCCCGCCGACGCGCUGGUCUGGGUGGCCACGGCCGCCACCUGCGUGCUGGUGAGCACCGAGGCCGGGCUCCUGGCCGGCGUCCUGCUUUCGCUGCUCAGCCUGGCCGGCCGCACCCGCCGCCCGCGCGCUGCCCUGCUCGCCCGCGCUGGGGGCUCCAGCUUCUACGGGGACCCGGCGGAGUUUGAGGGCCUGGCCCCUGAGCCGGGCGUGCAGGUGUUCCGCUUCACGGGGCCGCUCUACUACGCCAACAAAGACUUCUUCCUGCAGUCACUGUACAGCCUCACGGGGCUGGACGUGGGCUGCGAGGUCGCCAGGAGGAAGGAGAGGGGCCCCGGGCUGGGGGCCGGCGCGGGAGGCCCCGCGGGGGGCAGGGACCCAGGCUCCCGGAGCGGCGCAGCCUCGCUGGUGCCCGCGGUGACCCGCUUCCACGCGGUGGUCAUCGACUGCGCCCCGCUGCUGUUCCUGGAUGUGGCCGGCCUGGCCACGCUGCAGGAGCUGCGUCGAGACUAUGGGGCCUUGGGCAUCAGCCUGCACCUGGCCUGCUGCAACCCCUCGGUAACGGACACACUGAGAAGAGGCGGCUUCCUUGGGGAGGACCAGGGGGACGGGGCUGAGGACGGGCAGCUGUUCCCCAGCGUGCACUGUGCCGUGCAGGUGGCCCACGCCCGCCACCAAGAGCUGGCAGCCGCCAACUCCAUCCUCUAG